AUGCACAAUGAGACCGCCAACAUUUGGUCGCACCUUCUCGGGGCCUUGUACAUUCUCGUCAAGCUGUUCAACUUCAUGCACGGGAGAGCACUCACAGUACACGCGACCGACGCAAUCGCCGUUGCUCUCUUCUUCUUGAGCUGUGUGGCAUGUUUCCUCAUGUCGGCAUCCUACCAUUGCCUAUCCGACCACAGCCCGGGCAUCAAUCGCCUAGGUAACCAGCUCGACCACCUCGGCAUCGUUGUCAUCUUCUGGGGGGCCAGCACCUCGGCCUGUCAUUUCGUCUUCGCGUCUCGAGACACGCUGAAGGCCACCUAUAUCCUCGUCUUGUCGGUUUCCGCGGCAGUCUGCGGGUGGUUCACGCUGCAGCCCAUGUUCCGGACGCCGCGGUUCCGCUCCGCGAGAGCCCUGACAUACUCCUUGCUCGGCUUGUCCAUGGCCAUACCGUUCGUCCACGUCCUUCUUGAGAUGGAACUAGAAGAGCUGGAUGAGAAAAUGGAAUUGUCCUCGUUCUUGGGCAUGAUACUCCUUGUUUUUCUGGGCGGACUCAUGUACGCCGUGAGGGUGCCGGAGCGCUGGUUUCCUGGAACGUUUGAUGUUUUGGGUCAGAGUCACAACUGGCUACAUGUACUGGUUCUGGCGGCAGCUUUACUUAGACUGGACGGCCUGUUAGAUCUUCUGGCUAAUAAGAAUUACGCGCUUUAG